GGGGGUCUGCGAGUGGGGGGUUCAUCACGCAGUCUGAGAGGGAGAUGGCGAAGUUGAGGCGUGGGAACUUGGUGUGGGACUUCGUCACCGCGGGACAGCAUGUGGGGAACCAGGCGAAGAUGCAUGGGGACCGAAAGUUGCGUUGCAACUUUUGCGGCCACUUGUUUCAGGGGAAUGCGGGGAAGGCCGUGCACCAUUUCACGCAGGCGAAGUACUGCAAGGCUGUGGGGAUGAGAGUUCCCGCUGAAAUAUGGAACGACACGGACUACACAUUCAAGCCCGCGACUUCUCGGCGGGUGCAGAGGUGGAUGGCUGACGAGGGGGUACGGGACAUGAGAGCGGCUGCGGGUGGGCAGCAACAGCGGAUGGACGAGGGAGAGAGGGACGAGAUUCAGGACGCCCUCGAUCAGGAGGAGGGUCUCGAGGGUGGGGUUGGGGAGGGGGGGACGGUUGACGAGGCAGUGCGAGACCCUGACCUGCCAGGGGAGGAGGUGGUGAUGACGUCGAGAGGCGUCGGUCGAGUGGAGCGGGUGUACUUCACUUACGGUGGAGGACCUGACGGCAUGGGUUCACACACAUCGGUCAUCACUGAUGAUGUGCCGUCGACCGGACAGGCCAGUGCGACCGAUGUGUUGGAGCAGGAGCCACAGGGAGGCCUUUGGACGACGGGCAGGAGCUGGGAGGUUAGGAGCGACAACGAGCACGAGAGGGAGGCCGAGGAGGAGGAGGUGCCCCGUCAGGAUCGUCACUACUCUCCCUCCCAUCAUCGAACCACUGCACCGCCCGAGGCACUUAGGCGUUCGGAGAGGUUAGCGUCAACAGCAGGGAGAAAGCAGACCCAUGACAGCAAGGAGCGUGAGGGGGAGAUGAUUCCUUCGGGCUCCGGUAUCCGCCCCCGCUCAUCGUCGGAGCUGCGUACAUACGACUUUGACGUCGGACACACAGGUGGGGGCUUGGGGGAUUUCAGCGCCCCGGAACGUCGACAUGCCUCACCGUCGGAGGUGCAUACCGACGACUUCGAUUUGCGGGGCCGUGUUGAGACCGAGGAGGAGCGGGAUGCCCGCCUGGACCGAGAGGAGGAGGAUCGGCUGCGGACUUUGCCAGGAUGGGAGGAUCGAGUCGCGUUCCUAGAGGAGCAGCGUCGAUAGAGGGAUUUGGAGACAGGAGGGUGGGGCGGCUUUGACGCCGACGACGGGGGUGUCCCUAGGGAGCCAGUUCAGGCAGA